CCUUGCUUUCCGUUGGAUCGCCACAAGGAAUAGUGGAAUAAAAUGUGGUAAUGGCGAGUGCGUCUGUUCCGUAUAUUUGAUGUUGUGAUAAAGUUGGGCGUACGCGUCCACCUUAUCAGUCGUGACAAAGUUUUUUGUUUCGAGUAUGUUCACUUAAUUUUGGUACUUACGCUUAGUUUUUAAACGAAAUUAGUCAACAAUAAGGAGAAGGAAGUGAUCGAUGUACUAUGUCGGUGAUUCAUUAUCGGAAUAUGGAAGUACACGACAGAUAGUACAAGAUAAUCGUAUUAUACGAAGAGCAUUUACAACUUUGUAUAUUUUACGAUACGUACAUUUAUCUCGUUAUACCUGAUUGCUAGUAUAUUGAAAAUAAUUUCGAACCUGUUUAUACUAUUACGAAUAAUCGAUACGAGGCCGUAAACGUAUAACAAGAUAAUAUGAAAUCGGAGCGAGCAUGAAGGUAACUGUGUGUUUCGAUAACGUUAGAGUGGUGGUUCCAUGCGGGGAUGGAACCCUACUGGUUAAAGAUUUAAUGCAUGAGGCUAUUCUAAGGUAUAAAAAGGCAACUGGGAAAAACGAUAGUGCAUUAACUAUAAAUAGUUUGUCCUCUCUAACUGGAGGUGGUCUGUUGGAUCCAGAUGAUAGGUUAUGUGAUGUAGCUGAUGACAGAGAACAGAUUGUUGCUCAUUUUGUGAAUACAGAUGGUACGCAUGUUGGUGGUGAUGGGGCUAGUUCAGUUGGAACAAAUAGCCCUGAUUUUUUUCACUCAGAUGGCAAAGAAACAUCCUAUGCAAUUGAUACGCAUUCCUCCAUACCUCCCAGUAUAAAAAGAGAAAGUACUAAAAGAUUGUCAAUGCAUGCGUUAUCAACUAAAGAACCAUGUUUAGCCACAUAUUCUGCUCAGUCCCUUCCCAGAGAGUCUCGCCGUAGAGAACCACUGGGACAAGAUGCCAAAGUAUCAUUUGAAUAUAUAAAUGCCAAUAUUGAAGCUGGGAAUCAGGGAGAGAUCAAAGAGAUUGUAAUAAAGAAUGAAGCAGGACCACUGGGGCUUCAUGUGGUGCCAUGUUAUGACUUAUUGGGUAAUGAUCAAGGACUUAGAGUUGAAGGUAUUGAGCCCAAUGGCAGAAUUGCUAGAGAUGGUCAGAUCGAUUUGCAUGAUAAGAUUAUAAAAAUAAAUGGUCACAAUCUGUUACACAUACCAUUCUCCAAAGUGCAAGAAAUAUUUCGUACCUGUAUGACUGAACCAUGUUUGCAGAUUUCCGUUGUAAAGCAUAAGAAACCACGUGAGAAAUCGUUGCAUAAAAAUCAUGGAAAUACUAGUGGGGGAACGGAAAAGACGGAAACCGAUGAUAACGUUAAAAGACUUCAGUGUAGCAACUAUAAUUUGUUACAGACCGCCAACACUCGUAAGAUCGGCCGUAUGAUCGAGAUAGAAUUAACGAAGGGGAGCAAUGGUCUCGGAUUUAGCGUCACGACACGCGACAAUCCUGCCGGCGGCCAUUGCCCGAUAUAUAUUAAGAAUAUAUUACCAAAAGGUGCUGCUGUUGAAGAUGGUAGAUUAAGGUCUGGCGACAGGUUGCUAGAAGUGAAUAACAAAGAAAUGACGGGUAAAAGUCAAGCGGAGGUGGUUUCCCUUCUUAGAAGUAUUCCACCAGGGGGUAAGGUAAGAAUGGUGGUAUCGCGUCAGGAAGAAAUUUCCUCUACCAUUCCUGAUUCCCAUUCUCACGUUAGCCCCACUAAUCAAGCUUCAGACAGUACAGACAAUUCGAAAUAUUGGAACACGUCGAACACAUCGCCAGUAAAAAAGAACAUAGAAGUGCAAGAUAAAAUUAGUACCCAUAGCUAUGAAAAGUGCACGUUCAAACCAGUGAAAUCUACAUCGGAAGACAUCGUGCUCUCUCCGCGUAAAAAUCGUAUGAUAUUAACCUUAGACAUACCGGUACACGAUUCAGAGAAAGCAGGAUUAGGUGUUAGCGUUAAGGGAAAGACAACCAAUACCGACGAGAACACAAACAUGGAUCUGGGGAUCUUUAUAAAGAGUGUCAUCCACGGAGGAGCAGCCUCUAGGGACGGCAGAUUAAGGACCAACGAUCAAUUGCUCAAUGUUAAUGGGGUAUCUUUAUUAGGCCUAUCAAAUUCGGACGCGAUGGAAACUCUUCGAAGAGCGAUGCUGAAUACGAACAGCUCGGUAACAGGAGUGAUCACCCUGACCAUAGCUAGGAGGAUAUCCUCCUACGACGCAAAUGAAAAGAAUCUUCCGGAAAAUUUGUCUUCGCACUGUAAAUUAGAGUCUGCCAAUAGUAUAUACAUAUCCGAUUCCACGAAGAACAACGAGGGUAGAAUAAAGGAGAAGAACAGCUUGAACUCCCAGACGGACAUUUUGGACAAUGGUGGUCUGUUGUCUUGCGUGACGGCGUCUCCUUGGAAUCCAGUUAUCGAUCGAUUAACGGAACAGUACAACAAAAAUAGCUUAAGAAACGAGAGCUACUGUAUCGCUACCAAUAAAACAUGGAUAGAACCCGUUAGCAACGUGAAGAAGAUCACCAUAGGACCAAGGGAUGAUCGUGUAGAACCAGUGUUGUUAGAGGACUCCAACGAACCUCAGUGCAAUGAAGCUAAAAGAAGUACGGACGAUAAAGAUAGUCAGUAUUCCGGGGAUCCGACUUACGACAGUCAAUUGUCGUUGGAGGAAUUUAACUGUUCUUCGAAUAAGUUCUCCCGCGACGCUUUAGGUAGGCAGAGCAUGUCGGAGAAGCGACACGCGGCUUUGGACGCGAAGAACACCGAUACUUACAAGAGGAACAAGAAACUACGAGAGGGACGCGAGAAUAAGAAUCAAGAACAAGCAAAUCAGAAGGCGUCCAAUCAAUCGACGGAUUCGGAGGAUCAGUCGAGACGAGGAUGUAAGGCGGAGAGUUUCGAGAAGAACAAAAGUAAAGGUACCACCGAUGUCAACGCAAAGAGCGAGAAUAAUAUAAAACGAUACGAGAAAUCCGUGGAUCCUGCUCAAUCGGAAUACAUGUACACUAUUCCUGGAUGUAAUAAUAAGUUCACCUCACCGAGGAAGCAUUGGCUGGUAGACGAUGUACACGGCGACAUAGCGAAUAGCAAUAACUUUAAGGAUGAUCGAGAGGGUUUUCCGAAUAGUCGCGGGGACGUGAAGCAAGCCUCGUUGAAUUCCGCUUUGGACGAUCGAUACAAACGUUCAAGAAAGAAAGGAGGCAUUCGUUCGAUGCUACGAUUAGGAAAGAAUAGGAAAUCGCUCAAUUUCGGUGAUAGCAUAGAAGCUCGUCACGAGACUAGCAAUUAUUGCAGCGGAACGAUCAACUAUAUCGCAUAAUAUUCGAACGGAGCCUUAACACAACCGUAGAUACAAAAUACAUAAAACUUACUUGUGCAUAACACCUAGAAAAUACACAUAUUUACACAAGAGAGGAAUACACGAUUUUCUUUUUUUUUUUUUAAACACUCAUAUGCACGUCCCACGCGUACACGUACAUAUAGGUAUUAUUAUUUACAUGUAUCAUUUGUUCCAAAGUGCCUUAUAUCGUUGCAAAAAGAAAAGUAAUUAAUUCUGUAUAUAUAUUAUAUAAUUUUUUGUAUUCGUCCUCAAUUCGUACCGAUCAUGUAUAUCUAUUUUUUAAAAUAAACAAAUCAUGUACUUAA